UAUAGAAUCUCAUUUCAUGAAGCUGAAUAUUUUGAUACAAUCCUAAAGUUUAAUGUUGAUUCACAUCUGCAAGGGCAGUUGAUGAAGACGGCUUGAAGGCACAAAUGGGGGAAAGAUCCAGUACAUCUUUGUCGUUACCAAGAAGCACUAGCAAAGACCAGACUCCUACCCUCCUCUGGAAGAAGAAAUUAACCUGCGACGAUCUCCACGCCGGCAACCUCAAGGUUCCUGCAGGACUUUUUGUAGCGAAGAGACGACGUGACAGGAUGAUGGUAGUACCAUUUCUGGACAAUAAGGGAGCGGUCUGGGAGAUGCAGGCUUCAUACCAUGGGCUUUCAUUGAACUGGAACAAAUUUGUGAAGGAACAUGGAUUGCAACCCAAUGAUGUGAUUUUCUUCUACGAUGAUGACUCCAUUUCUGAGUACUACAUCAUUCACUAUGAAAAAAAUGGUGAAGGGCAUUCAGAAUCAAGGUGAUUAAUUUUCUUCCUUCGCUUUUGGUAUUAGGGCGCUUGCCAAAUUGUAUCUCUCUUCAACUUUUCUUUCAUAUCAUUCUAUUCCAUCACAUAAAAAUAAAAUUGCUAAAUUUUUAGCCUAGCAUUGUUUGUGUUUGUUUCUUAGUUGUGGAAAGUGAUAAGUUCUU